AUGAUCAACCCUGAUUACUCCGUUCUGAUUGUGGGCGCCGGUACCUUUGGUCUUUCCACAGCUCUACAACUACUUCGCAAAGGCCACAAAAACGUGACCCUCCUCGACCCGUAUGCCAUUCCAUCCCCUCUUGCUGCAGGCAAUGACAUAAAUAAAAUUUUCCAGUCAACUGUUAGUGACGAAUUUUACUCUGAACUAGCUUUGGAGGCUCUGGAAUUGUGGAGAUCUGAUCCCGUAUACGAGCCAGCGUUCCACGAAGUGGGAAUAGUGUACGGUGCUACAGGAGAUGCUGCUGUUGCUGAAAUCAAUCAACGCUACAGCCGUCUCAAUUCCAAAGGAGAAGAUAUUGACAGAUUGCAAACACCAGAGGAUUUUGCAAAGUUGAUUCAAUGGAAAGGAGAUUUUGCAGAUGAUUUCAAUUCCUUGGCUCUUGACUCGAGAUUCAAAUCUUGGAAGGGCUAUUUUCAAAAAAGUAAAUGUGGAUGGACAUUUGCAGCACUAGCUUUAAAUAACGCUUGGAAAGAAUGCGAACAGAAGGGAGCUCAGUUUGUUCAGGAUGCUGCCGUAGAAUUGCUCAUAGAAGGGUUCAAUUGUGUCGGAGUUCGCACAUUAUCGGGAUCAAUCUUGAAAGCUGACCGUGUCGUUAUAUGUGCUGGAGCAAAUUCAACAAAAUUACUCAAUUACAAAGGCCAACUACUAGCCAAAUGCUGGACUGUGGGUCACAUAAAGCUUACCUCAGAGGAGGCUAAAGCGCUAAGAAACUCUCCUGUUCUUUUGAACCUAGAUGAAGGGUUCCUCUUUGAGCCUGACGAAAAUGGGAUCCUAAAGUUUUGCAACGAGUUUCCAGGAUACAUAAAUCAAGAUGGAACUGAAAAUAUUUCGACGCCUCUUUAUCGAAACCAGAUCCCUGUCGAAGCCGAAAAGCAAAUGAGAGGGUUUCUGAGGCAGGUGUUUCCCCAAAUCAGCACGCGUCCCUUUGAUGCUGCCAAAAUUUGCUGGUGCACCGACACACCCGAUCGUCAUUUCUUAAUCUGUGAGCAUCCUAAUAUGAACGGCCUCAUAUUGGCAACUGGAGAUUCUGGACAAGGAUUCAAGUAUAUGCCCAUAAUUGGCCACUACAUAUCUGACCUCGUUAUGAAAGGAGAAUCGGGACUACCAGAAACCCAUCGCAAAGCAUGGAGCUGGAGACCAGAGACAGCCGAGGGGAGAGAUAUAUACAACCUUCAAGGGAGAUUUGGCGGUUCAAACAAAAUAAAGGAUCUGAAUGAGUUAAGCGAUUGGACAAACUAA